ACGGGACCUUCCUCCUUGCGCAGCAUAAAAGAGACUGCCGGCUGAACGCAGCGCCCAAGAAGAAGAGAGGCUGGCAGAAACCAGGUUUGGAGAGAGCUACAGGAUGGAUUCCUCAGGUCCAGCCCUCCUGAUCACCUGCAUUGUGAUGUCCCUUACCGGCUACAGCCAGCAGAUCCUCUACUGCCCACCAGACCCUGCUCCAGAAAACAUCACUGAGUUUGUCUGCAACUCUCCCUCUCUCUCUGAAUUUCCCACCGGCUUCCCCGUACAAACCAAGAUGAUCUCGGUUGAGUUCACCCAGCUCUCCAGCCUUGGCGUGGACGCCCUCCAGGGUCUUCCGAAGCUCCAGGAACUUCAUCUGUCCGGCAACAGGCUGAAGACUCUUCCAAGUGGCCUCUUCCGUAACCUCCCAGAGCUGCAAGUCCUGGAUCUCUCCAGAAAUCUACUGGAAGAUCUACCUCCGGAGCUCUUCACCAACGCCACUAGCCUGAGGCAGUUAUCCUUCAGUGAAAACCAGCUGGCUGAAUUGCGCCCAUCCUGGUUCGAAACCCUGGAGCAGCUCAAGUUCCUGGUCCUCGACCAUAACCAGCUGAAGGAGGUGCCUAGCUCUUGCUUCCUCAAGCUGAAGAAGCUGACCUCCCUGGACCUCUCCUUCAACCUCCUCCACCACCUCUCUCCGGAGAUGUUCAGAGGCCUGGAAAACGUAGACAGGCUGAUCCUGGAGAGCAACCCCAUCGGGUGCAUUGCGCCCAAGACCUUACACGUCGUUCCAAGGCUGUCAACACUCUCACUUGCCAACGCCAGCCUGACCCACAUCCCCGCUGGGCUCUUUGAGUCCUCAGAGUAUCUGGAGCUCCUGGACCUCUCCAGCAACGAGCUCACCUCGCUGGAGAUGCUGUUCCUCAACCCGACUCCCAAACUCAGCCUCGAUCUCUCAGGAAACCCCUGGGCGUGCGACUGCCGCAUGCACACGCUUUUAAGCUGGGUCAAGGAGCGCGCCGUCAAGUUAUACUCCAAGACGGAAACUGUUUGUGCUUUCCCAAAGAGCCUGCGAGGUCAAGUUGCAACUUCGCUUCAGGGAUCCCAACUUUGUUCCUGCUAAACCUUCAAGACUGAUCUUUCUCCAUCCUGCUUCCUGAACUGCAGUGUUUCCCAAUUUGGGCCAUUUCCAGGGGAAUGGACUUCAAUUCCCAGAGUUCCCAGCAAUGGCCGUGCUGGCUGGGCCAUUCUGGGAGCUGAAGUCCACAUGUCUGGAGGGCAAUCUUCAACUCCCAGAAUUCCCAGCAAUGACCAUGCUGGCGGGGCCAUUCUGGGAGCUGAAGUCCAGAUGGGAGUUGCUCAGGUUGGGACGCUGUUUUGGACAAAGGAGAAAGGAUCCUUUCUACUUUUCUUACCCAACUAUGAGAACUGCAAGUUUGGGGACUCAGACUGGGACGUGCGAACACUUUCAACCUCCCCCCUCGAUAGGUACCGUUCUUUAAAACGAGAUGGAUUUCCUGCCUAGUACAAUUUAUUUUUUAAAAGCCUUCCGCAUGGUCGCUAGGAUCUCUGGCAAGUGAUUUGCAAGGCUCAGUCAACUGGUACAUUGGUUCCCCCUGAAAGCACAACCGGUUUGUGAUCACUGCGGCUUGCACGCUCCUCCCCAAAGUCUGACAUUUCUCAUUUAUUCUUCCAGGGCCCCACAGAUUAGCAAGGAGGUUAUUAAUGACGCAACCACCGUUUCUCUCGCACACGCUUUGGUUUCUUCUGUGAUUUCUUCCCCCAGCUCCCCCCACCCCACCUCGCUUUCUAAUUGGGAGCCACACAAAAGGGUUCCCUGUUAUCGUCUCGGCUGCAAAUUGAUGGAGUCCCAUGGAAGUUUUAAAUUAAAUCCAAUUGCUUAAAGAUAUUCGGCAAUUUGCUGUGAUUUAACCGAGCAAUAAAGCCCAAACACGAAAUAGCA